CAUUUUAUCAGUUAGGGCUUGAACAAAGAGCAGCCAGGAGAGGCUGGAUAUUGUAAUUAACACAAGUGGAGGCAGGCUGCUGCGUCUGCCUGCCUGCCUGGAGAAGAAUAACCUGUUGAAUUUGCUAGGAGCUAUUGCUGCGAGGACAAGAGCUGCAGUUACGGGGAGCACAGCAGCCACAAGUGGAUGAGGUAGCUGCUUCAGAGCUAUGCUGUGGGGAAGAGGCUCAGAUACUGGACACUGGAUGCCCGUUUGGGUUAGAGCCUCCGCUUUUGCCUCCUAAGCCCAGGGAGAAAGAACACGCAGCCCGCUCCCGUUUGGUUGGGUCGGCCGAGGAUGGCUGCGCUCUCCCAGCACCUGAGGAUCCUGCUGUGGAAGAACUGGCUGAGUGUCAAGAGGCAGCCGGUAUGGUCGUUCAUUUUAAUUUCCUGGCCUGUGGUUGUUUUCAUAAUCUUGGCCAUCAUCCGUCUCAAAUUCCCUCCAGAACCACAGCCAAACUGUUAUCUCGCACCCCGAAACCUUCCUAGUGCAGGCUUCUUCCCAUUCCUGCAAACUGUGCUGUGUGAUACAGACGCCAGAUGCAAAGGCACGCCAUACACACCAGACGAUCUGCUGCCAAGGCUUAAUGACAUCUCAUCUCUCAAACUUAAGCGGAGGAGCUUGUCCAGUGCGGCCAAGGACAACCAUCCAUCACCAUGGAGCGCUGAGGUUCCCAGCAGCGGGAAUGCUUCACUGGCAUUCAGGGAUUUGGUGUAUCAUGGAGAAAAUACCCUUUGGAAUAUUUCAUCACCAUCCAACUUGACUUCCAGCAUCAACAUGUUCAACAAAAUCCUCAGUUUUGGGAAGAACAAGACACAAUUUUCAACUGGAGCAAAUCUCAAAGUCAUUCUGUGUGAGGUCUUGUCACGAUACACAGCCCAUCCUGAUCUCACUGAAGAGAAGAUGGCAGCCAACAUCCACAGGACUUUCUGCUUUACUGACUCAUCACUUUUACAGUCAUUUACCCAAGAGUUCAGAAGUCAGCUGGCUCAGGUGCAGCACAACCCACGGUACCAAGCAGCAUUUGUCAAGGAAAUGGUCUCAUUUCUAACACUAAUCUCCCAAGUGCAGAACGACACCUCCCUGUGGCAUCUCCUUUUGCUGGCCCCAGAUGUGUUUCAGGGCAGUGUGCAACUGCAAGACAUACUUGAUUUUCUUCAGAAUGCAAGCAGUGUUGUGCUGGCAGCUCAGAAUGUCUCUGCGUCGUUUGUGACUGAUGAUAGAUUCAAAACUGCUCAAAAUGGGGUUACAGAUCCCCCAUGUUCCCUGAACUGCUUGGAGCAAGAUAAAGAAAAAAGUUUGGUGACCAAAUAUAUUUGUAAUCACUUUAACUGGAAAGACAAGAAGGCUUUGGUAUUGGAGUUGGAAGAAGUUCUGAGAAAAAUAAAGUCGCCAGAGAUUGGUGGAAAAGACUCCAAGAGGUCCAUUAAUUCAUAUGAUUUAGAAGCCAUACAAAAGUCUCUACAUCGUUUAAAAGGCUUUGAGAAAAAAAUGAAUAGAAGUGAAUUAAAAAGCUUAAAUCUAUUCAGAAAUUUGAAGAAUGAAACAUUACAGAAAUUGUACGCAAUUCUUGAACUGGGAAUGAAUCCACAUCAUGAUUAUAAAUUAAAGGAAGCUUAUAAUAAGGAAAUAAUUGAUGAAAUCUAUAACUUAACAUCACUGCAAUUACAGAGCGCCUUUAACGGGACUUCCAUUUUCAAUAUAAUGACCCAGUGGAAAGAAAUUCAGAGUGCUUUAAAAUUAGCCACAAUGAUUUGGAAUCCAGAUUUGUUAAAUAAUUCUUAUUUUAGUACAGCACAAACUGAGGAUGCUCUCAAAAUGUUACUCACCACUAGCAUGCAAUCAUUUCUGGAAGACUUAAAAGACCAUUUAGAUGGAAUGGAAGAAAUACCGUCUUUGUUUUCUGAUCAUCUGCUUAAACCUGUGUCCUACAGAAACUACCCAGAGCAACUCCUAGCUCUCCAGAAGAUAUUUUUCAUACUGACACAUGCAAACAUAGGUUACAAGUACCUACUGUUGCCUGUGUUUGAACUGAUGCAGAAAGUAGAGAGCUCCAUGGGAGAAUUCUGGUGGGAUGAGUUGAAUACCUAUUGGCGCAUUGGUGAACAACUGAGAUCAAUGAAAUGGAAUAAUACAGGCAUUGUAGCCUACGGGCAGUUUUUAGAGGUCUUAAGCAGCCAUUUAAAAAAGCAGAAUAAUAAUUCAAAUAGUCUUUUCAGUGAACAAUUAGCUCCACUGUCGGAAUUCAUAACAGCUGUGUUUAAAGAGUUUGAUGGGGAAGACUCUGAAGUAGCCAAUAUCUCAAUAGUCACUCAAGCCAUAGAAAAGACCUUGUACAUAUUAAAGGACUUACAGCUGAAUUAUAAUAUCAGUAAAUUAAAGUACAUAGACCUUUUCUUUAAUUUUGACAAUAAAACCUUUGAGAGCUUGUCUGAACUUCUGAGGGCAGGAAUGAAAAUCCUCCAUUAUAGAAAUGCCAGUGAAGCUUCCGCUGAAGUAAUAAUUAACCGUGUCUAUAACUUAACACAUCUUCUACUGCAGGAAUUCAGUGAGUCUUCCUUACAGCACAAUGCUUCUCUGAAGGAAAAAGUGGCGGAUCUCAUGUACUUAGCCUUGAGCCCUUUCCUUGAGAAUAGCGAUGGCAGUUCCAGGACAAUCCUGAACUGCUCCGCUCAGGAUGUGCUCCGCAUAGCAGUUCAGAUGCUUUUUGAAAAUACCACCGUAAGCAAGUCCUUAGCCAGGAGCCCCUGCAAAGCGCUCUUUGCUUUCAUGGACGCGGAGAGAGGAACUCUGCACAAUGAAAGCUUUACCAAACUGUUCCAGCUUGCCAUAUCGAACCUGAAACUGUCUCCAGAGUUUGCUAGUGUCUACAAGAACAGCAGCGAACGCUUCUCCAGGGAGCUGUCAUGCACCAUCCAGUCUCUGCAGUUUACUCUGCACCUCCUUUCCAAAUUUAAGCUCAUCUCUGAGCUGGAAAACUCUUGGGUACAGGAGAAGGUGACAGCUCUGAGUGCUGUCAUGGAGGGACUGCUGCAGAGUAAUGUCUCCUGCCCCAUCCCAGUCAAAGAUGUGGGUGGCAUGCUCCCAUCUCAGCUUUUGAAGAUGCUCCUUCCUUUAAUGCUGAAUGAAACACUACUACAUUCCUUAAAUUUAUCCAACAGCUCAGCAGACUGGCAUAGGCUGCCUGUGUUUUCCCAUCUGUUACCGACUACUUCCACUUGGAACAGCAGUAUACAUGAACUGCUAAAGGCUGGGGGAAAUGCUUCCGACAACUCCGAGUGGGGACAUGUCUCACGGCUCUGGCAUGCCACUGGCAAGGUGUUGACCACCAAAUGGAACCUGACAGAAGUGGAUGAGUAUGUGAAACUCUUGGAAAUCGUGAAAAAAGCUCUAAUUCUUGUGGAUUUGGGGGUAGCUCACGGAAAAACAUUAGUGCAUAAGAUUUUUCAUAAUUCCACUGGAGGAAUGAAAUCCUCAGAUCUGAAUGAUUUAUUUAGUUUAUUAAAACUCCUUUUCAAUUCAACUUCUGCCGCAAACAGCACUCUAGAGUUGGAAAGAAUAUUUCAAGAAGUAGUCCCACUAUAUGAGAUUGAUGGUAAAGGACUGUUUUACACUAAUCCCCAAGGGAAAGAAAAUCAAGAUAUUCUAACCACGGCUGCAGUGAUUUGGAAUCAGAUUAUCUUAAACAGGACUCAUUUUAAUACAGAGAAAGCUUGGGAGGUUAUCAAAAUGAUUGCACUUCAUGCAAUCUUGCUUGAAGACAUAGAAAAUUAUCCCAGCACAAAUGAAGAAGUGUCAUCAUUAUUUUCUGACUUCUUGUUGACCCCUAUAACUUCUGAAAAUUUUGCAGAGCAGCUCUUGUCCCUUGAGCAGCUUCUUGCUGCCAUGGCAAAGGUGAAUACCAGUGAUCAUUAUCUGCUGAUCUCUUCUUUGUCUAAGCUAAUGCAGAAACUCCAGAGUUCCCUUCAUGGAAGGCUGGGAAAUGAACUUCACACUUUCUUGCAGAUUGCUGAAAUUGUCCAGUCCAUGAAUUGGGACAGCACAGACAGUCUUACUUUCCGCUCACUUCUAGACAUACUGCAAAAUCUGUCCAGUGCCAUGAAAAGUGACUCCAGUCUUCCUUUCAGUAAGGAACAUAAGCAGCUCAUACGCAUUAUGUCCUCCGUAUUUGAGCUGUAUGAUGAAGUCAACCCCGGGGGAGCCAACAUCUCCAUAUACUUGCAAGCCAUACAAAGGAGUAUCCGUAUUUUAAAAGAUUUGCAGAAAAGUUAUAAUAUCAGUGAGCUUGAAACUGUUAUCCGAUAUUUUGAUUUUUAUAGUAACUAUGUCCGGAGACUGAUUGAAAUAUGGAGAGCAGGAAUGAAAGUCCUUCAUGACCCCAGCUUAAACAGAACAUUGGAAGAAAAAAUAGGCAUUGUCGUUCAUGUCUCACAGAUGCUGCUGGACGGGGAGUUUAGCGAGUUUUCCUUACAGCACAGUGCUUCUCUGAAGGAAAAAGUGGCGGAUCUCAUGUACUUAGCCUUGAGCCCUUUCCUUGAGAAUAGCGAUGGCAGUUCCAGGACAAUCCUGAACUGCUCCGCUCAGGAUGUGCUCCGCAUAGCAGUUCAGAUGCUUUUUGAAAAUACCACCGUAAGCAAGUCCUUAGCCAGGAGCCCCUGCAAAGCGCUCUUUGCUUUCAUGGACGCGGAGAGAGGAACUCUGCACAAUGAAAGCUUUACCAAACUGUUCCAGCUUGCCAUAUCGAACCUGAAACUGUCUCCAGAGUUUGCUAGUGUCUACAAGAACAGCAGCGAACGCUUCUCCAGGGAGCUGUCAUGCACCAUCCAGUCUCUGCAGUUUACUCUGCACCUCCUUUCCAAAUUUAAGCUCAUCUCUGAGCUGGAAAACUCUUGGGUACAGGAGAAGGUGACAGCUCUGAGUGCUGUCAUGGAGGGACUGCUGCAGAGUAAUGUCUCCUGCCCCAUCCCAGUCAAAGAUGUGGGUGGCAUGCUCCCAUCUCAGCUUUUGAAGAUGCUCCUUCCUUUUGUGCUGAAUGAAACAGUAAUGCAUUCCUCUGACAGCUUAGCAGGCUGGAAUAACCUGUCCAAGCUCUUCAGUAUGGUACAGGAUGAGCUUCACAUGAAUGACAUGCUGCAGAGAUUCCAAGGUUCCUACAACCUCACCAAAUGGAGUCAUUUCUCAAACACCUGGGAUGCAGUUGACAGUUUGCUGAACACCAAAAUGGAUCUAGCUAAAGUGGCUGCCUUUGCAAAGUUAUUGGAAGCAGUGGCAAACAACCUUUCCAACAAUGUGUCGGCUCUAGACAUCAUAGAAGCUGUUGACUAUGUUCUCAGGGCGCUGAACAUCUCUGAUCUGCUAAAUGAAUUCAGCACAAGUUCCAGGUCAGCUUCUUUCUCCAACAAAACUAGUUUGGAUCGUGUGAUUGACCUUGUCGCUCGUCACUUUGUUGUCCUGGCAGAAACCCUGUACAACAAGACCCUACCUUGGACUCAAGGUGACCAAACACUGUCACCAACCAGUUUGAUCACACGAUUUCUGUUUUUAGAGUUUGAAAAAACCAUCUUACAAGUGACAGUGAAUAACAGCUAUAACCCUUACCUGAUGUGUUUAAUAAAUGCCACUGAAGUUGAAGACAGCAAAUUGACAGAAAACAUCACACUGCUCUUGAAGCAAAUUCAUCUGAAAAAGAACUAUUUAAUGCAAAAUAAUACCCCUGAGAAACAUUCAUCCAUACCAGAGCUCCUGAAGCUAAAAAUAACUCGCCUCCGGGAUCUGACAACACUUCUUUGUGACUACGAGAGCUUUAAGUCAAUACAGCAUAUUUGCCAUCUCCCUAAUGUUAGCUUUGGAGAACUGUGUGAACAGAGUCAAUCUCAUGAGCAGCUCAUCAGUGCUAUUGAACUGAGCAGUCAAGUUGUGACCAACGUACUGAAUGGCAGAAGGAUCUCCCAGGAGCUUCAGAAUGUACUGGUUGGGGAUGCCACAAAUGUCCAGACACAAAUAAAGUGGUUUCAAGAAAACAUACCAGAAAUUGCUUUCUUUCAAGAGAUUCCUCAGUAUAUUAAAACUUUGAAUUCCAUGUUGAACAUCACUGAGAAUUUAACAGAUGCCAGCAAACAAGAAAAGUUAAGGGAUGUCUUUAAAAACGUGGACCAGCUCAAAGCGGAUCUCAAAAACAUGACAGGAAUGUCCACAGCCAGUAUUGAUGCUCUUCUGGAAACAUCUCUCCCAGAAAACAGCAGUCACCUCAUUUCUCAGAUCCUCCAGCUGGAGUCCUGUAGCACCCGUCCUUCCGACCCACAGCUGCAAACCGUAGCAGAGGAGUUCUGCAAUCUCUCUGUGUCAGAGAGGACUCGUGAGAUGUACAUCCUGGGGGUCACCCUGUUACAACACUUAGACGUUUAUAAUUUCUUAUACAAGAUGUUAUUCCCUAAGGAACUUCAGAAACCUGUGGACAAGAUGUUAGGCAUUCUGACAAAGAUGAAAUAUUACAGACACCAGGUUGAGUCUGACGUUGAUCCACUGUUGCAAGCUAUUCAUUCACUGAAAAAGCUCCGCCAGUCUAGAAGGAUGUCACUGAGUAAGGCAUUAUUUAAAUCAAAUGACUUUAAGAUAACGCGUGGCACAUUUAAAUCCAUGUCAAAAGUUCUCUGCAACCAGGAUAUCACACCCUUGUUUUUUGAGUCCUUGCUUCCUGAUUUUGGAGACCCUGUAAGAAACAGUUCUUCUGUAGAGGAUGCCCAUGUCCAACAGAUGAUGAGGAAAUACGGGAUUCCUCAUGAUUCCACACCAUUUUGUUUGUCCUUUUACCUGGAUCUGGUCAAGACCCCAACUGGAGCUUUAAUUUGGUCUUUUCUAAAACCAAUGGUGUUUGGGAAGAUCCUUUAUACUCCAGAUACCCCAGAAACUCGAGCAAUCAUGGGAAAGUCUAAUGCCACCUUAAAGCAGAUGGCUGAUCUAGCCCUGAAGUCUCAGGAAUGGCUGGACAAGUCUCCUGCCAUCAUGAAUUCACUGACUAAGUUAAAUGAGACAGUUCCAAUGAUCAAGAAUGCCCUGCAGAAUCCUUUUGUGCAGGUUUUUAUCAAGCUGAUGGUGGAUUUGGAUGCAGUUGAACUGCUGAGUCAAAUAAAUGAGCUGGAUGACAUUCGGCUGGAGUUACAGAACAACUCUGACAUUGUCGAUCAGUUGAACACAUUAGCUACUCUUGCUGUAAAUGUGUCUUCCUGCAUCUCAUUUAAUCGCAUUCGGGCAGUCAAAAGCUUAGAAGAAUUGGAAAGGAUGGCUAAAGAGCUCUUUCUAAAGAAUGAACUUUUUGCAAGUAUCAUUUUCAAGCUGCCUUCAAGCUGGAGCAGCCCCGUCGGUGGGGCAUUGGCCCUCCCUCCUGUGCUCAACUACACCAUCAGGAUGAGCAGCAGGAUUACACAAACGACCAACAGGAUAAGGGAGCGCAUCUGGACUGUGGGACCACACAACUCCACCUCGCAGAGCCAGAUCUACAGCCGGGCAUUUAUCUAUAUCCAGGACAGCAUUGAAAGAGCCAUCAUUCAGUUACAGACUGGCAAGAAGCUGGAGGAAAUAGCUGUUCAAGUCCAGGCCAUGCCUUACCCCUGCUACAAUAAGGAUAUGUUCUUAACCAGCGUGACCUACUCUCUUCCAUUUGCUCUGAUGGCUGCCUGGGUGCUGUUUAUAGCUGAUUUUGUUAAAACACUUGUUCAGGAGAAAGAUCUGAGGCUUUAUGAGUACAUGAAAAUGAUGGGUGUUAAUGCAAGCAGCCAUUUUAUCGCCUGGUUCAUAGAAUGUGCCAUCUUCCUUCUAAUCACUGUCACCUUCCUCAUUGUUAUCCUAAAAGUGGGUGACAUCCUUCCCAAAACAAACACAUCACUCUUGUUCCUGUACCUCAUGGACUACAGCCUGUCCAUCAUAGCCAUGAGCUACUUCAUCAGCGUUUUCUUCAACAACACCAACAUAGCAGCGUUGGUGGGCAGUCUCGUGUACAUCCUCACCUUCUUCCCCUUCAUUGUGUUGCUUGUCAUUGAAAAUCACUUGAGCUUCUCAGUGAAGAGCCUACUGAGCCUGUUGUCCCCAACUGCGUUCAGUUAUGCAAGUCAAUACAUUGCUCGCUACGAGGCACAGGGCAUAGGUCUGCAGUGGGACAACAUGUAUAAAUCCCCAAUGAUUGGAGACAACACCUCCUUUGGCUGGAUGUGCUGGCUCAUUCUGAUAGACUCCUUCAUUUACUUCAUCCUGGGGUGGUAUAUAAGGAAUGUAUUCCCAGGACGAUAUGGCAUGGCUGCUCCCUGGUAUUUCCCGUUCCUUCCAUCUUACUGGCUCGAAUACAACAGUUACCUCCCCUUCUGGAGUGAGAAACAAAGAGGCCUCUUCUUCAGCAAGCUGAUGCUAAGGAAAGAAACUCCCCUCAACAAUAAGAUAUGUGCCCCCCCUCCUCACCUGGAGCCAGAGCCCACUGACCUGACCUUGGGAGUCUCCCUCCGUGGCAUAACAAAGGUUUAUGGAUCCAAAGCUGCAGUGGACAACCUCAGCCUCAACUUCUACGAAGGGAAUAUAACUUCCCUGCUGGGACACAAUGGAGCUGGGAAAACGACGACCAUAUCUAUUUUGACUGGGUUGUUCCCUACAUCAUCAGGUACUAUUGUUGUCUAUGACAAAGACAUCAGGACUGAUCAGGAGGUUAUCAGGAAGAACAUGGGUGUGUGCAUGCAGCACAACGUGCUCUUCAACUACCUCACCACGAAGGAGCACCUGCUGCUCUAUGGGUACAUCAAAGUCCCUCACUGGAGUAAAGAAGAGCUCUACCAAGAAGUUAAGAGGACUUUGAAGGAGACUGGACUGUACAGCCAUCGUCAUAAGCUAGCUGGUUCCCUGUCCGGGGGAAUGAAGAGGAAGUUGUCUAUAGCUAUUGCUCUCCUGGGUGGAUCAAGGGUGGUAAUCCUGGAUGAACCAACCACAGGGGUGGAUCCGUGCUCUCGGAGGAGUAUUUGGGAAAUUAUCUCCAAGAAUAAAAAAGGCAGAACCAUCAUUCUUUCAACACAUCACUUGGAUGAAGCAGAAGUACUGAGUGACCGAAUCGCCUUCCUGGAGCAUGGGGGGCUCAGAUGCUGUGGGUCUCCAUUCUACCUCAAGGAAACGUUUGGUGAUGGAUACCACCUGACACUCACAAAAAAGAAGAAUAUGAUAGAGGAGUGUGACACCGCAGCAGUGACCUCCCUGAUCCAGUCCCACCUUCCAGAGGCUUAUCUCAAGGAGGACAUUGGUGGGGAGCUCGUGUACGUGCUUCCCCCCUUCAAGUCAACAGUCUCGGGGGCCUACCAGGCGCUUCUCAGAGCCCUCGAUACCAGCUUGAGUGAUCUCCACCUUGGUUGCUAUGGGAUUUCAAACACAACCGUGGAAGAGGUGUUUCUCAAUCUGACAAAAGAGCUAGGGAAGGACCCACAAGACGAUACUGAACUGCCUCAACAACUGCCUGGAGCCAGUGGUCAAAUUGGUAGUGACGAAAUGUCUGUGAACACGGAUACCUUCACGGAGAGAGAUGAUCAGCUCCUGAUCAGGUCAAAGAGCCUGCAAGGUUUGCCAUUGCUGCUUAAGAAAACAUCAGCUUUAUUCAUUAAGAGAUUCCACCAUACCCGGCGGGAUGUCAGAGGCUUCAUUGCUCAGGUCAUCCUCCCAGUCCUCUUUGUGAUGGCAGCAAUGGGACUUGGGACGCUGAGAACUAAGGAGACUGAAUAUCCAGAACUGAUUCUUUCCCCCUCUCUGUACGGCACAUCUGACCAGGCAGAUUUCUUUGGGAAUUUCAAUGAAACCACGGAUGCUUUAGUUGCAUCGAUGCUUGCUUUCCCUGGGACAGAUAACACAUGCAUGAAUGCAAGCAAUUCGCAGUGUUUAAGUGAAGACAUGCUUGGCCCUUGGAUUACCAGUGGAAACCCCCAAACCAAGUAUUCUGCCUGCAACUGCACAGAUGGCAUCCAGACAUGCCCGCAGACAAACUAUACUCCCCCUCACAGAAGGACCUUCUCUACACGGAUGCUUUAUAACGUUACGGGGCACAAUGUGGAGACCUACAUUCUGGCAACCACCAAAGACUUCCUGCAAAAACGGUAUGGUGGCUGGAGCUUCGGGAUGCCUUUGACAAGAGAUCUCCAGUUUGACAUCAAGCCAGUGCCGCCCAGCAGAACAUUAACUAAGGUGUGGUAUAAUCCCGAAGGUUAUCACAGCCUUCCAGCCUAUCUGAACAGCUUGAACAACUUCAUUCUUCGAGCUAAUCUGCCAAAAAAUGAGUCUUCCAGUUAUGGUAUUUUCUUAUCAGCUCACCCAUAUCCUGGAGGACAGAGUCAAGAACAAGUAAUGCUCAACAGCUUACUCGAUAUCAUAGUUUCAAUGUCAGUUCUGGUUGGCUACUCUAUCACAACUGCAAGCUUUGUGCUAUAUGUGGUGAAAGAACAUCAAACCAAAGCCAAGCAACUGCAGCAUAUUUCAGGCAUUGGGAUGACAAGCUACUGGGUGACUAACUUCGUUUAUGAUCUGGUACUUUUUAUGGUCCCUAUUGGACUCUCAGUAGGAGUUAUUUCAUCUUUCCAGAUACCAGCUUUCUGCAACAACAAUAACUUACUGGCAGUAUUUCUUCUGCUGCUACUCUUUGGAUAUGCAACUUUUUCAUGGAUGUACCUGCUGGCUGGGUUCUUCAAAGAGACAGGAAUGGCCUUCAUCGUUUAUGUCUGCGUCAACUUGUUCUUUGGCAUCAACACCAUAAUCACGCACUCAGUUGUGUUUCUGCUCUCCCAGGAAAAGGCCACAGACCAGGGCUUGCAUGAUCUCGCUGAAAACUUAAGGCAUGUGUUCCUUCUGUUCCCACAAUUUUGCUUUGGCUAUGGCCUGAUUGAACUGUCGCAGGAUCAGGCGCUGCUGGGCUUCUUAAAAGCCUACGGAGUGGACUACCCUGACAAAACCUUUGAGCUGGACAAGACCACAUCCAAGCUGUUUGCCAUGUUUAUCCAGGGCACCGUGUUUUUUGCCAUUCGUCUGACAGUUCAUGACAGGUUGAUUCAGAAGGUCUGGAACAACGUACUGCAGUACCUGUUUGACAGAGUGCAUGGCAAAGCACUGCUUCUGCUGCCUGUGACUGACGAGGACGGGGAUGUCCAGGCAGAGAGGAACCGGGUAGAGUCCGGCAAAGCUGACUUCGACGUGGUGCAGCUCCAGAACCUCACAAAGAUCUACCACCUUCCCCACAAACGCAUCGUGGCUGUGAAAAACAUCAGCCUGGGGAUUCCUGCUGGAGAGUGCUUCGGCUUGCUUGGUGUGAACGGAGCUGGGAAGACGACCAUCUUUAAGAUGCUGACAGGUGAUAUCGGAGCGUCCAGCGGCAGGUUGCAGGUCCAGGAUCACUCUGGGUCCUUGAAUGACAUCAGCGAGGCACACUGGUCGUUGUUUGGCUACUGUCCUCAGGAAGAUGCCCUGGAUGACCUGCUGACAGUGGAAGAGCACAUGUAUUAUUAUGCUAGGCUCCACGGCAUCCCAGAGAGAGAGAUCAAAGGAAUUGUACUCCAGCUUCUCCACAGGCUGAAUUUGAUGGCCUACAAAGACCGAGUCACCUCUAUGUGCAGUUAUGGCACCAACAGGAAAUUGUCAACUGCCCUGGCUCUCAUUGGGAAUCCAUCUAUUCUGUUGCUGGAUGAACCAAGCUCUGGAAUGGAUCCAAAUGCUAAACGCCACCUUUGGAAAAUCAUCAGUGAGGAAGUGCAGAACAAAUGCUCAGUGAUACUCACGUCCCACAGCAUGGAAGAAUGUGAAGCCCUCUGUACCAGGCUGGCUAUUAUGGUGAACGGGAGUUUUCAGUGCAUCGGCUCUUUGCAGCAUAUCAAGAGCAGGUUUGGAAGAGGAUUCACUGUGAAGAUGCACUUAAAUAGCAACACAGUUAGCACGGAGACACUGACACAAUUCAUGAAGUCACACUUUCCAAAUACAUGCCUGAAGGAUCGGCAUUUCAACAUGGUGGAGUACCAUGUUCCAGUCUCUGCAGGAGGGGUAGCAAAUAUAUUUGAUCUCCUGGAAGCCAGCAAAGAAGCCUUCAAAAUCAGGCACUUCUCAGUGAGUCAAACAACGCUAGAGGAGGUUUUCAUCAACUUUGCCAAAGAUCAAGCAGAUCCUGAUGGUGUGGAUGUAGCUCCCGAUGUGACAUCAGACAGCUCUGACACAUGCAGCCAAGCCAGCACCCUCAGCUCCAUCUAUUGAAGAGGCCCAACCACAAGGGAUCGCAGAAGCUGCGGAAAAAAACUGACAUUACCCCUCAGGGUUCUUUCAGUUUCUUCCUGUUUUCCACGAUUCUAGGAUGGCAGGCAUACAAAGUCACAUUUUCUUAAAGUACUUUUAAAAUAUGCACAUAUUUUGUUACUAGGAACACAGUAGGCACUUAAGACUAGCAUUUGGUUACGAGUCAGAUUGGUCUUUCCACAGCUGUUGGUUUUUGGUCCCCAGUUGUUGUCUGAUGACUUUCAUACCGGUGAGCACUUAGUUAGCAUCACCAGCUCCUGCUGGUCGUGGCUGUUCGCUUACAGCCGAAAUGGCCAUGGCAGAGCAGAGGAGCUGUUGGCAGUGCAGGCUGUUUGACAAAAAAGCAGCCCUGUGGCUGCCCUCUGAAAGCCCACACUCCCCCCCUUGCUCUGCAGCAGACUUCCUGGAGGACGGAAAGUUGCUCGGUUGUGACAGGUUCCCCACCUGUGAAAUAGGGUUCCUGGCGCUGCCCUACCUCACAGGGGUGUUGUGAGGAUGUAGGUGUUGUGUACUGCGAGUUGCCUAUGCCUUUGGUGGGGCCAUCUUCGGUACUGACAUAGAGCUUAUCUGCAUGUGUGGGUUAUGGCAGUACAAAUAUAACUCUUUUAGAAGUCA